GACAAGGUUCUUCACUCUGAGGACAAGGUUCUUCAUGCUGAGGACAAGGUUCCUCACGCUGUGGUCAAGGUUCCUCACUUUGAGGACAUGUUUCUUCACUCUGAGUACAAGGUUCUUCACCCUGAGGACAACGUUCUUCACCCUGAGGACAAGGUUCUUCACUCUGCCGACAAG